AUGGAAUCCAUUGUUAAAAAAGACCAUACUAGGGUAUCCACUACCUUUCCAAAGCCAGAGGUUGCUGUCUCUCAUUUCCAGGAGGGCAUUGUGUUGCUUCUUUCUCGAUGGAAUGCUCUACAAAUGGCUAUUCAAAAUGAGUGGGGUGGCCACGAUUCCCUUCAGAAAUUCCACCAGCUUGUUCUUGAUAUCCUCUCUUGGUUCUCUCAAUCUAAAGGAACACUUUAUAUUGAGGAUUUAGAGAAUUUGCUCCACGAAAGUCUGCUGCUUUCUUUCAACACAGAGAUUGAGGAUGGCAGCAUUGAAGAGGUGAAAGAAAGAAAGGGCUUUGGGGUUUAUAAAUAA